AUGGGCUGGUGUUACGAAUUUCACGAAAAUCACGGAAGAAAUGUUGAACUGAAAGGUCAAACAGUGACUCGAAGAGUCGCUGAUUACAAUCAAGGUGUUGUUAUGGCUAACCGGCCGUUAAUAAAAGGUAAAAUAUUUCAAAUGGAAAUUGAGAAAGUUAAUAAUCGUUGGGUAUAUAGUAUACUAUGUCGUAUAACUUGUAUAUCGCCUCAGAAAGCACCAUUCCCUUUGACAGCUUUGGGUUUUAAAAAGUACUCUGACUGGAUGUCUCACAACGGUACUAAAGUCAAGACACGUUACAGUGGAAACUUGAAAAAUGUUCAAGCUGGCUCAACAGUAGGCUUAUUAAUCGACGAAGGUUCCCGAUUACAUUUUUAUGUUAAUGGAUUUGAUCAAGAAAUAGCCGCAACAGAUAUUUCGCCAUAUGUAUACAGAAUUAUAGACUUUUACGAUCAGGUAGAAAAAGUAUCAAUAAUAAGUCUUAUUGCCGAAACCGUUCUUACUAACAAUGACGCUAUUAAUUUCGCGAUAGCCAACAAUAGUGCGUCGCCAAAUGAGAUUGAGGAUGUUGAAAAUUUCCGAGAAAAAGCUGAGCUCGGUUGUCAUGAGAAAGAAAAUUUCCUUGAAAUUCCGUGCAGUCUACCGUUAAACGUUCGGAUCGAUCAAAAUGAAUUGACCAACUUCAACGCUAUACAAACAACGUCAUCGCGAGGUAAUCCGUUGGAAAACGCAACUGCAAACAUAGCUGCAUCACUUGAUAAUAUUGCAUAUUUCAAUAAUGAUAUACCGGGCAAGUAG